UCCCUGGAAGAGAAAACUGCACUAAGAAUAGAGCAACAAGCAACAAGCAGCCUGCACAGCUGAACCAAUGGAUCCUUAUAACAGCAGAAACCAGCUGAACCCCAGCAUGAACUCUGACCAGACAGCAGCAGAUGUGUCCGGAAACAACCAAACAUCUGGAAAUGUGGACAAAACUACAGCUGACAGCAGCGACACACAACCAGCAACCAGGCAGCCGCAAUAUGCAGGGGGGUUCACCAUCAUCCCACCAAACGAAGCUCGACGAAGCCAGAUAAAAACAAUGGCUCAGAAAGAAGAGGAGGAGCUUCGGAGAUGGAAAGAAGCAAACAGACCUUCUGCUGUGCAUCUCAAUCCAGAGAGACUCGGUGGUCAUGUGAGUGAAUCUGAAGCCAGACAGAAGCAGCUGGCGAAUCUUCGCGGCUCCAAACUGCAGAAAAAGCUGAAAAAGGAAGAGUUGGACAGAAAGAAGAGACAAGAAGAAGAGGAGAAGCUGCAGAAGAUGAAGGACGAGCAGAGGGAGAAGGCCGAGCGUCUGGAGCAGCGACGGCAGCAGGAGGAGCAGCGGAGGAAGGAUCAUCUCCGGACGGAUCACCUCAGGUCGCGGGAGGCUUUUCUUCAGAGGUUUGAGCGGCGAGAUGUGGCAGCGUCCAGCAGCGCCGCACAUACGUCAUCCAGGGGCGAGGACGUGGAGAGCAAACAGAGAGCGAAGGAGUCGAAAAGAAGUGAGAGAGAAGUGCAGCUGGAACACCAGAGGGUGAACUCGGACUUUCUGGACAAACUUGAGGGUCGAGCCAGAGGGAGCGAGACGAAAAAAGAAGCAGAGCAUCCAUUUGUGGCCACGGAGAACUUUAAACCAGAGACGACAACUGGCCACGUCCAGCUUCCUCACCUGAAACCAGAACCGAGCUGGACUGAAGGAGCUGACUCUGAGCCUGACUACAACUGGGCUUUGAUAAAACUGACGAACAGGUUUCCAGACUGCAGCAAAGACUUCCUUGAAGACAUCCUCCAACAGUGCAACGGUGAUUACGAGGAGGCCUUAACGCUUCUCAUCUGCUCGCUCAGUUGAAUUUUAUGCACCUUCAAUGUAGGAACACUUGCCUUGAUGUUGUGUUUGAUACUUUAAGAGAUGAUUCAAAUGAAAACAUACAGCUAGAUCUGGAAAUAUUUGAAUGGUGACACAUUUUGCAUUUUUGUGGCUGUGAGCACCACCACAAUAGACACAAGGGCAGACUUUAAUGGAAUGGGUUGAACAAAAUAUCGCUCACAUGAAACAUUUAAAAAACUUUUCCCCAGAAUCUCCUAUUUUCACGGGCUUAAAUGGAUCUGGGUAAUAAAUAAAAUGUUCAUUCUUAAUAGUCUGUUGAAAAUCCUUUGCAGGCAAUGACUGAAGUCUGGAACAUGACCAAAGAUUGGGUUUCCCCUUUGUGAAGCUUUGCCAAUACUUUACUGCAGCUGUUUUCAGAUUCUGCCUUUAGUUUUGUCUUUAAGAAACAAAAUGCAUGCAUGUAUGGGGUUGAGAUCAGGUAAUUAACGCACUGACUGCAGAAAUAUUCCACUUCUUUGCCCUCAAAAACUCCUGGGUUGGUCUCGCAGUAUGGUUUUCGGUCAUCUGUACUGUAAAAUCUUGCCUUUCCAUUUAUUCUUGACUAACCGCCAUCCAAACAUUAGCCACAGCGAGGCGAUUUCACUAGGUUAAAGCUAAAAUAUCCAAAAAUAUGUCAAACCUUCAGUCUUGGCAGUGCAGCUGUGGGCACAGUUCUGCAUGUCAUAAUGCCACAACAUCCUCAAUUCAUGACAAACUGGCCUGGAUUUUACCACCAUGAUGAUGAUGUGUUUCUGUUCUGACAUACAUAUAGGGAUGUACUGAAUCUGAGCAGACACUAUACACUAUAUACUUUUACACUUCAGAAUUCAUCCUGCUAAUUCGGUCUUCUGUCAGACACUAACACCCAUGAUCCUUUGCCACUAGAAGCCAAGCAUGUCCACCAAAUCACACUGCCUAUGCUGUGUUUUCCUGCCAAAUUGUUUGCUUCCCGCCAUUCUGGUGCAGGUUACUCUUAGGUUCACCUGUCCAAAGAAUCUUGUUCUAGAACUGGUCUGGCCUUGUUGGAUGUUUUUAGGUAAAGUCUAGUCUGUUUUUUGUUUUUUUUUCUUUUUAAGGCUUAAAAUUGGUUUGUACCUUGUAGUGAACCCUCUGUGUUUGCGCUCAUCAAGUUUUCUCUGUGAUAGGCUUGGAUAACAAUAUCUUUACCUCCUGGAGACCAUUCUUUGCUUGGUUUGAUGUUUAAAUAAGUUAGCUUAUUCUCCGUUAAUAAUAAUAAUACUUUAGGGUCUAAUGUUAAUAUGUAUUGUAGUCAGAUAAAGUUGCAUUUUUUGUCAUCCUUGGUAGGGUUUCAAUCCCUAAUGUUGACAAUACUCAGGUAAACAACACUGUAGGCUAUUAAUCUCAAUAUUUGAUCUUGUUGGGUUAAAUUGUGAUGGCAGUUUUAUGUCUAACGUUCCCACUGGUGAGUCCUCUAGAUGGGACACAGAAACCUUCAAAUUAUUGCUGACCAUCUGCACUUUAAGCCCAUAAAUGUUAUAUACCUAUAACCACUAAUGUAUUUUUAUAAACAUCUCAAAUGAUACAAAUUGUGUCGGAGUCCAAAUAUAUAUAGACCCAACUGUAGAAGUUCUACCUUGGUGGUGGAUGAGCGUAAGCGCAUGCGUUUAAUCACUGAUACAUUCUUGUACAAUAUUUAUACUUUGUGAUUGCACUGUAAAAAUGUGAAAAUUAGGAAUUUCCAUGAUAAACCCAAUGAAUUGCUGUUAAUAACUUAACCGUGCAAAAAAACAUAUCAACAGAUUAGACACAAGAAUAAGAACAUGCAAGUCAGACAUUGCAUUUUACAUUACCUGUAGUUACUGGUUGAACCACCAGGGGAAACUUUUAUUGUUUAAUGAGAUGAAAUGCUGCAGUUUGUUUGUUUAAUACUGCAGCAAUCCAAAGAGUUGGACACUAAGAGUACAUGCUUUUCAAUGCUGACAAGCAGAGAACAUUGUGAGCAUUUAGUUAGUAAAGGGGCACCACGAGAAAGAAUUCUUUGGUAGUUAAUGCCCUCUGGCCAGAGUUAGUGUAUCAACACAAGUAGGGAAACUUUCCUAUCAUCGAGUAACUAAUGCAACAAGGCCAAAUUUUGCACCACACAUCACGUUUGUGGUCAGAAAGCGCUUAAUGAAUGGAAUGUGCUUAAUAUACAUUUGUUUAAAUGAUUAAUUGAUUAAUAAUGCUGUAAAUACCCUCAAAUUAAGGCUGAGCAUCUGCACCAUAUUAAAGCCCAUGUCUGCUAUAUAUAAUGUAUGUAGCUGUGAAUAUAUUCUAUAAAAAGCUAAAAUAACAAAGAUUGUGUCAGUGUUCCAAUAUAUAUGGACUUGACUGUAUAAGUAGAUGAAAGAGCUGGAAUUAGUCAGUUCUACGUUGUUGGUGGUCGAGUGUAAACAACAGCAAUGCCAACAGAUACCUACAGAGUAGAAUGUGCUUUGUGUGAUCUGUUUUCGAUUACGCUAUUAAUCACCGACUGUUUGGUGUCUUGUAUCUGUCUGCAUGCACUGGUGAGUCAUGGCGGGUUUCUGGCCUGACACGGAGCUGAAUUGAUGUUCGUUUUCACCAGUUUGGUUGAAGGUCAUCGCCCUGACUCAUAAUCUUUAGAUCAUAUUUGGUUCUCUUAAUUAAAACAGUGUGUGCAGAUGGGGGAAAAAAGAAAAGCUCUACCCAAAUACACAACGCGUUUUGUUUUUUUUAUAAUCAAAGUCGUGUGUGAUGUCUCUAGAACAAGACGACAAAAGAUAUAAAUCCACUCAGGACUCUCUUCAGGAAGGCCUUUUGUGGUUGGUUUCAAUGCAAAGUCAUGAUGACUAAAGAGGGCAACGACAAGAAAAAGCCUACUUGUUACCUCUGUUCAUCACAGAUUAGGUACAGUAGCUACGUCAGUCUGGGUUUCAGGUGUUCAGUGGCCUCAUACCUCACUGAAGAAACAAAGAGCAAAUAGUAGUGCAACACAAACAGCUGAAAAUCCCUUUCUGCUUUGGCAUGAAGUGUUUUGUGACUUCAUUUCUUCCUUCAAUUGAUCAAAUCAACACGUUAACAGUAGUUCUCUUGUGACAAUAAAGGUAGAAAUAUAUUUUUACAGGGCUGCACAGUGGCGUAGUGGUUAGCACUUUCGCCUUGCAGCGAGAAGAUCCCUGGUUCGCGUCCCGGCUUUCCCGGGAUCUUUCUGCAUGGAGUUUGCAUGUUCUCCCUGUGCAUGCGUGGGUUUUCUCCGGGUACUCCGGCUUCCUCCCACAGUCCAAAAAUAUGCUGAGGUUAAUUGAUUACUCUAAAUUGCCCGUAGGUGUGAAUGUGUGAGAGCUUGUUUGUCUAUAUAUGUAACCCUGCGACAGACUGGUGACCUGUCUAGGGUGUCCCCUGCCUUCGCCCGAGUCAGCUGGGAUAGACUCCAGCCCCCCCCCGCGACCCUAAUGAGGAUUAAGCGGUGUAUAGAUAAUGGAUGGAUAUAUUUUUACUAUUUAAAUUUCCUGGAAAUGUCUGUAAUGAGUGCCAGGAAAACAAACUCCUUCCCUUAAACCAAAGUAAACAGUAACUCAAUUCAGACUUGCUGUGAUCUGACCUAGAGACUCUUACGGUUACUGAUGUGAAAGAUUCUUCCAAGUAAACCUUUUGGGAAAUGAUUAGAAAAAUACCAAUGCACAUAAUUACCAAGGUCUUUACUUCCUCAAUGGCCAAAAAUGAAACUAAUAGUGAAGUAUGAGUCAUGUAAAUUUAAAACAACAGCCAAUGUGCCACAGUGCUUUCCAGUAUAAAACAACCUAAUUGGUGUUACGAAUUAACCUAAAAAGUUUCGUGUUUUUAUGGUGUAAUUGUGAGCAUGAAUGGGUUAACAGAAUAUUGUGACAUUUUGGAGAAAAUAUUGGAUUUUGUUGAGCAUUGUGUGGAACAAAACUUGUUGGUGACUAGUUUUUUUAGCAUAGGAAAAGCCUGGAAAGGAGGGGAAAAACACAGAACUUGUCAUUCUUAACCCGCUGAUGCGCAACAUGGGUCAAAAGUGACCAAAAUCCAAUGGAAAAUGAGUAUCUCCUGAGCGACACUGCGCAUCAAAGGGUUAAAGUAGGCCUAUACCUGAAUAUUCGACUAUUCAGAUCAUUUUUUGUAGGUACUCAGUUCUCAAUUUUGUGUUUCAGAUAUUUGUUUUUUGUGGCUUUUCAAUAAACACAUCUUGAAAAAAAAUA